AUGCUAACGUCCGGCCUCGAUCCCUCUCUCCCAGACCUCUCAGACCGGGGCCAUCUCUCACCGCGUUUGCCCUCACCAACAGAGUCCCGAUGCUCCCCUGCUUCUGCCGGGCUACUUGAUCUUGGUCAUCGUCCAGCCAGUUCCAGCUCUCUCGACACGCACUCACAAGCACAAGCCCCCCUUGACCACGUUUUCCUGCCUCGCCCCUUACAGGAACAAGAGAACCACAGCCACGCGAACGACCGACAAGUGGAACCCGCUCCUCUCGCACCUGCUACAGCACAUCGCACGGGGCACGGUCGAGGCCAAUCACUCACCAACUUCCUUCCUGCAAGCAUCAGGGCGAGACUGCAGUCACCAGUGAAGCCAUCCGAGGACCAUCCCUCUGUAGACGAACAAGAUAUGGGCUUCACCGGCGAAGGAAGGAAAACCUUCAGGCAGUCUGCACCUCAGGGCUAUCCCACAACUCAAAAACCUCAAGAAGACCCCGACGACUGUCCAUCCCCAGAGACGACUCCCAAGAGGCUCGUCAGGAGCCAGACCGCCGGUCCCAUGGACAAUACAACCAAGAACACAACGGCAGCUCCCGCUCCAGCACCGGCUCCCGCCAAGAUGUCUCUACUCUCCAUGUUCUCGAGGAAUGCACCUGUUGUGCUAACGCAAGCCGAGCACGAUGAGCUGCUAAAUAUGAAGGUGGAGGAGGCACUGUUCCCUGCCGGCUCGCCAAACAGCAAGGACACGUUCUCGCCCGCCGCGUACAAGAAUCUGCAACAGCAAGCCACGGGCUUGCUGACCAAGAUGCAGAAUGCUUACCGCCAGAAAGCACAGGCGCUCUCCGAGCUCGAGAAGGAGCGGGAGGCCGACAGGGACGAGCUAGAAGAGGCCGAGACGCGAGCCACGCACCUCAAGUUCCAACUCGAAGACAUGGCACACAAAGCAGUCGAGCAGGAGCGCCAUAUGAAACAACUGAUGGAAGAGCUCGCCGCGGAGCGCCGCGCCAGGGCCGAAGACCAGUCUAUGCUCAAGCGGCUCCCGACGGGAAUCCAGUCCGAGGCGGGCAGCACGAUAUCAGAGGACCUGGGCGUCGACGACGCGGAGGAGAUGCAGAAGCGCAAGUGGCGCAAGAGCAACGGCACUGACGUCAGUUUCGAGACGGACGACGACAGCAUCAGCUUCGGGGAGGGCGAGAGCGUCUUCUCGCGCCCCCGCAGCCCCUCGGCCUCCACCUUCACCACCACUCGCGGCGGCGCUGACAACAGCAGCGUGAUGGACAUGCCGCUGCCGACUCCGACGUCCACCCGCGGCGGCAACGUGAGGUCGUCUGUGGCCUCGUCCAACCGCAAGAGCACCACUUCGCAGAUGAGCACCUUCCAGAAGUUGAUGAAGGGCAUCUCGGGCGACGACGGCUGCCGGAACUGCAAGGGUCAGGAUGCCAGCGUCGCCUGGGACACGGUCGGCCUGCUGAGGGACGAGAACAAGCACCUCAAGUCACGGGUUGGCGAGCUGGAGGACUGCCUUGAGGGCGCGCUAGACGCCGUCAACGGUAUCGUCUUAUGA